GGAUGUACUAGUGAAUAGAGGAGAAAAUCAAGAAGAAAAAGUAUGGCCGCAAAGCCCGGUUCAGCUCCGACAACGUAUUCGCCGAAUCUUGUCCAGAAAACCCGCCCACCAAUUUUCAAAGACAAUGAUCUCGAUUGGGUCCGACCUGAUGGCCGCGGCUUCCACCAGUGUCGACCAGCAUUUUUCAGGACAGGUGCAGUAAACUCUGCUUCUGGAUCUGCUUAUGCAGAGCUUGGGAAUACCAAGGUCAUUGUAUCUGUUUUUGGGCCAAGAGAAAGUAAGAAAGCAAUGAUGUACAGUGAUACUGGGAGGUUAAAUUGUAAUGUCAGCUAUACAACUUUUGGCACUCCAGUUCGAGGACAGGGAUCAGAUCACAAGGAGUUUUCGUCAAUGCUUCAUAAAGCUUUAGAAGGUGCAAUAAUGUUGGAAACAUUUCCCAAGACCACUGUGGAUGUUUUUGCAUUGGUGUUGGAAUCUGGGGGCAGUGAUCUUCCUGUGGUGAUAUCGUGUGCUAGUCUUGCCCUUGCAGAUGCUGGGAUCAUGAUGUAUGACCUUGUUGCUGCAGUUUCUGUGGCCUGUCUAGGGAAAAACCUUGUGAUUGAUCCUAUUCUUGAAGAGGAAAGCUACCAAGAUGGAAGCUUAAUGCUUACAUGUAUGCCUUCUCGUUACGAGGUCACUCAACUAACAUUUACGGGAGAAUGGCCUACUCCAGAUAUUAAUGAGGCAAUGCAGCUUUGCCUUGAUGCUUGCAAUAAGCUUGGUAAAGUGAUGAGGGCAUGCUUGAAAGAAGCCGCAUCUGCUUCACAAGAGUAGAAAUAAGAUGUAUAUUUUUAAUAUCUUGAGUUGUGUUCACCAUACAAUCUUGCUUUCUUUUUCGUUUCGACCUCUUCUUUUUACUGAGAAUUUUGCAGCUGAGUUCACUUUCCCUC